AAUCCGCCACCUCGUACUCAACAAGGCUCUAGCGUACUUCUCUCUUGACUCCCUCAAGAUGCUGCACCUCGAACGUCUCUUUCUCCUCGCCACCGCCGCGAGCUCCCUCGCUGUUGCGGAUCAGUGCUGCUUCAAGGACGGCGACGUCAUUUCUCUCCGGUCGGACACCGGCAACUACAUGGGUCGCUGCGACAGCUGUGUCUCGAACGGCGCCUACAAGGACUCGGCGUUUGUGCACGUCAAGACGCCCGCCUCGUCGCCGUGGGCGCAGUGGACCGUCGUCAACACGGGCAACGGCAAGAUCGCUCUGCGCGCCGACUCGGGCAAGUACUUGUCUCGGUGCAACAACUGUGCGCCGGGGGCAGCGCACCCGGACGAAGCCUUUGUGUACGUCGACGACUGGACGACGGCGCCGUGGGCCCAGUGGACGUGCAAGGAGGCGGGCGACGGCAAGGUCGCUCUCCAAGCCGACUCGGGCAAGUUCCUCGCGCGCUGCAACAACUGCGUCGGUGGCGCGUACCCCGAUACCGCGAUGGUGCACGCCAAGACGUUCAAUGGCACGAGGUAUGCGCAGUGGACGAUCGAGGCGAACGGCAAGCUGUCGACCAACCGUUGCCAAGUUCCGACGGCUGCGCCUACAACGGCAGCCUCCUACUUGCCGACGCCCGCGCCCACCACUAUGUCGUCGUCUGCCCCAACGCCGUUCCCGACGACACCGAAGCUGAAGCCAACGACUCCGGUGCAUUCGCCAACGUCGGUAUCGGUCUAUUGA